AUGUCUGCUGUGCCCAGUGUGCAAACCUUUGGUAAGAAGAAAUCUGCUACUGCCGUCGCCCAUGUUAAGGCCGGUAAAGGUUUGAUCAAGGUCAACGGUUCUCCAAUUACUUUGGUUGAACCUGAGAUUUUGAGAUUCAAAGUUUACGAACCAUUGUUGUUGGUAGGCUUGGACAAAUUCGCCAACGUUGACAUCAGAGUUAGAAUCUCCGGUGGUGGUCACGUCUCUCAAGUUUACGCUAUCAGACAAGCAAUUGCAAAGGGUCUUGUUGCUUACCACCAAAAAUACGUUGAUGAACAAUCUAAGAACGAAUUGAAGAAGGCUUUCACCUCUUACGACAGAACUUUGUUGAUUGCCGACUCCAGAAGACCAGAGCCCAAGAAAUUCGGUGGUAAAGGUGCUCGUUCCAGAUUCCAAAAAUCCUACCGUUAA